CUCUGGAGGGCGUGGCCGUGGGCGGGGAGGCGCGGGGUGCCGGCGCGCGUCCAUUGGUCGGCUGGGCGAGGGGAGGAGCCGCUGGCUCCCAGUCCCGCCGCGAUGAGCCUCGGUCGCCUGUGCCGCUUGCUGAAGCCGGCGCUGCUCUGUGGAGCUCUGGCCGCGCCCGGCCUGGCCGGCACCAUGUGCGCGUCCCGGGACGACUGGCGCUGUGCGCGCUCCAUGCACGAGUUUUCCGCCAAGGACAUCGACGGGCACAUGGUUAACCUGGACAAGUACCGGGGCUUCGUGUGCAUCGUCACCAACGUGGCCUCCCAGUGAGGCAAAACCGAAGUGAACUACACUCAGCUUGUCGACCUGCACGCCCGAUACGCUGAGUGUGGUUUGCGGAUCCUGGCCUUUCCCUGCAACCAGUUCGGGAAGCAGGAGCCAGGCAGUAACGAGGAAAUCAAAGAGUUUGCCGCUGGCUAUAACGUCAAAUUCGACAUGUUCAGCAAGAUCUGCGUGAAUGGGGAUGACGCCCACCCGCUGUGGAAGUGGAUGAAGAUCCAGCCCAAGGGCAAGGGCAUCCUGGGAAAUGCCAUCAAGUGGAACUUUACCAAGUUCCUCAUUGACAAGAAUGGCUGUGUGGUGAAGCGGUACGGACCCAUGGAAGAACCCCAGGUGAUAGAGAAGGACCUGCCCCACUAUUUCUAGCUCCACACGUGUGAGGCCCUGUCCAAGCCCCUGCCCUCGCCCUCGGAGCCUUCCGCCGGCACCCAUGACGGCCUGCCUGCAAACCAGCUGAUGGUGGGGCAGACCUGAAAACCCGGCGUGCACCUCGCCGGAGGAAGGUCCCAUGGUCCGCUGGGCCCGGCUUGGCACCCCCACCCCUGGCUGCCUUGUGGGAAUAAACAAGACAGAUUGGCAUGUUG